AUGCCGAUCCCUAAAUUGCUCAAAAAGCUGAGCAGAAAGAGUCUGCGUGGUCAUAGCAGUGAUUCUGAAGCGGAUAACGAUUUUCCACCUGCACUUCCACCUCCUGAACAUGACGGGGACCCACGUAUCGCCUUCAUUCCGCCAUACGCAGACUCCUCUCCCAAUAGCGUGCGCUCCAUGUCUUCUGGCCGCUCCUCCACUCCCGAAUGGAAUCAUCCAUCGCGACAACGCUCUCUAACGAUGACAAACGAGUCGUCUGCUCCCAGCCGGAGUAACAGCAGCCUUCUGGGCGCCCACAGUCGGCAGGCAUCGCAAUCGUCGACAACUCUUGGAAAAGUGUACUCGCCACCGGCUGGUCCUCCUCCUCCGUCCCGCCAGCGAACAAUUUCGUUUGGGAGCAGUCGUUCAGUCCCAUUUAUAGUUCCCGAACCCGAUGAGCUGCCUGCUAGUGGUCGCUCACCAAGCCGUGCCAGAGUCCACUCUCCACGACCUUCAUACCUGGGAGCUAUGUCAAUGACCGGGAGCCAACUGAGUGCCUCGCCAACACCGCAAACGCCUCCCGAUCCCCCACCAGCGCCGUCUCAACGUCAAGUUCCCGAUGAUGAGAUGUCCAAAGAUCUGGCUGCCGCAUGGCAGACUGCGAAUACUGCGCCGACUCAGUCGAAAUUUGACAAGACUCUUCAAGUAGUUGAGGGCAAUUUCAUCAAAGCUCAGGCGCAAGAGAGUCAAACAGAAACCUUCGUAACGGGAGUUGUGGCUGGGUUGACUGCCGCUGGUGCUAUGGAUGCAAUUGAAUCUGGCAUUCAUAGUUUGGUGGAGGGAUUACCUGCACUAUUCAGCGCGUUAGACGAAGUCGCGAAGGUUCAUCCAUUCAUUGGAGUCGCAGUUCUCGCAUUCAAGGCUGUGUGGAGUCUUGAGCAAAAGCGACGCGCCAAUGACAAACUGAUCCUCUCACUACAUGUGGAAAUGAGAGAUAUGAUGGCGGUUUUGACCCAGCUGAAAAAUGUCAAAGACGCGGAAGAGAUUGCACCGGAUGGUUCUUCCAUCCGGGGUCGUAUGCAGGAGACCGUCAAAAUGACAGCCGAAGAUAUUAAAGGCUGUGCAAAUGCUUGUGACACUUACACGAAAAAACGAACACUUGUCAAGGUGCUCAAGUCAGGCAUCUGGGCUGGGAAAUUGACCGCAUUUGUCGGCGCAUUCACCAAACGACGCGGAGAGUUUGAAUUCGCGCUUAGUAUUCAUACUGCCCUUGGUGUUGAUGCUGCCAAUCGGGCAAUCAGCGCCGUCGAUAAAACAACCCAGGAGAUGAAUGCGAAGAUGGAUAUGAUGAUGAAAAUGUUUCAACAGUUUAUGACACCAGAGCAACGCGAAAUGUCGAGGGUAGUAGAACAACGCGGAGGAAUACAAGCGUGCCAAGAUGACGACAAACUUCUCAAAGAGCUCAACGAGCUGGAGAAUAAAUCUACUUCUGCGGGAAAAGGUGUCAAGAAUGCCAAAGGGACCUCGAGUGCCGGGCCCAAAUUCGGACUGGAAGAUCUCAAAGACGAGCUGACAACGGAUCCUGACGCUGCCAUCGAACGGAAUAUGACUGUUUUUGCUCGUAAAUUUGAGGUUCAACAGAGACAGAUCGUUGACGAAUUAACGAAGGUUAUUGAACGGGAGGGCGAUCGUGUUAUAUCAGCACUCAGCUCCGGUCCGCACGACCGUUUGCUUGACCCUGAUGUCCAUCACAUCUGGAAAGACGCGGGUUGGCGCAGCAGUGCUAAAGCUCGACACUUCGUCUUAGCGUUGCGCGACCAUUAUCAAGAGGGCGGACCAGGAGCAGCCGCGACGCAGGACCACCAACCAGACAAGCAAAAUGCUGGUGUUGACGACUGGGCGCUGCAAUACAUUUCAGUUUCGCGACUACAAAGUAUCAGUGAAGCCUUGGACGAUGAUGGCUCGGGCUGGGUCACGAUUCUCGAGGCGAAUACUUUCACAUCUUCUCGGCCACUCGACUGGUCUCUCACCAAGUGGCUUGCGCUUUGGGCUGUUGGAUUUCAUCAGUCAAUGCAACAAUAUGCGAUCAAAGUCAGGGAACUUCUUGCGAAGAUGUUUGCCGUUCGUCUGCACGUCUUGCCAGAGAACCGUGUCGCAGUCAACAAAUAUCUCGAAACCAUCUACCAUGGCGUCACCACACUGCAUUCUGGUGUCAAUCCGUGCUACAUCAACGAAUCGCUACAGGAGAAAUUUGCGCCAUACUUUGACGGGGAGGAGGCGAGGUUGCGAGGAAACCUAGAAGCUGUCAAGUACGAUAUUGACGCGCUCAACACGCUCUAUCUUGUCACUGGUCAAGGCCGCAUCGAACGUUUUUUGAUGCCGCUCCUUUACUUGUUAUUGUCGAGGGACUUUCAGAUUCUACGGGCGUGUCAGAAUAAAGCAGUCCAUCCAGACGAACUCUGGGACUCUGCGGAUACAAUAAACUGGCUGGAACUGGCUGCGAGAGAUCGGGUGACACUAUUAGAAGAGACGUUCAAGCAGCAAAAGGAUGAUCCCAAGCAGCAGUUCAAGACAUUUUCUCAUGGGUUGUUCCAACACAUUCAUGACCCAGAUGGAUUGUGGGACCCACAAUUUGUCCUUGCGCAAGACGAAGCGGAGUACCCAUACGAUGACAACCUUGAAGACCAAAGUGUAGAUCUUUCCAAGAUCCUCAAUUACCCUCUUGGAGCGCAACAGGUCGAUUUCGAUGCUUACAAGGCGCCGACGAAGCCUAAGAAAGGGACCACUCGUCCAUCUGCUGUGUUGAGGACUCUUCUUGGAACGUGGAAUGGCUUCACGUAUGUUGGCACUUCAGUUGUUCCAACAACAGGGAUGAUCUCGAUGGAUCUUACCGCGACCGGUUCGCUCACAUUUGGUGCGGCCUCGCGAGCCAACAUGUCCGACUUCACCAUCGCAGGCGAAUGUGGCAAUAAUCAACAAAACAUGGACACCAUUGGCUUCAAAUUCAAGCAGAGCUUCCCGACACGUUACGCUCCUUUGUACUUCUCCGGCUCGUGGACCAGCGACACCAACUCACUGACAGGGACAUGGGGCGAAGAAUCAGACCCCCGAACCCAUCCCGGAGUUUUCAUAUUCAAGAGGAUGUCGCCAGACUGUUUGACUUUCUUUCCGGCCCCUUCCGAACUUGGAAUAGAGCCUUCCAGAGCAUUGUGGAAGUUUGCAAUCGAAGCAGUUCGGUACGCUGUAAGCCGGCAAGGAUGGUCGUGGGCCUUCUUUGAACAGCGCGCUGCCCGACGGAAGCGAUUCAUUGAACUCUAUAUUCGUGAUACCCAAUUUGGAAAACCGUUGGCGGCGGUAGAACAGGAAGAGUUAGGCAUGUUAAGGAAGGGUUUUACGGUUGCCGAUAGCCGGUUUUUCCAUAGUGUUGCUGAGCGUCAGAUAAGACUCACGACAGACCAUGAUGUCUCGUGUGAUGCUUGUCAGGGUCAUAUCGGAGGAACGAGGGUAAUAUGCUUGACAUGUCGAUUGGAGGGCACAUUCGAUACCGUUGACUUUUGCGACACUUUAAGCUGCACGUCAGUGAAGGUCGUCCCAUCUGGGCUCACGAAAGCGCAUUUACCAAACCACGACAUAUUGAAAGUGAAGCGCGUUGUACACAUCCGAUACUUUGGAAGGACAUUCCGAGAUGCACAAGCCGCCUUGAAACGAUCAAGAGAGUUUUUCGCUGAUCCCAGUGACCAAGAACCUAGGAAGCGGCAUAAACCCGCACCAAAUUGUCGGGUAUGCAGAAGGACUGUGUCGCAACCUUGCUGGUUUUGCGUUCAAUGUCAAGAGCCUUCUUUCAUCUGUAACGCGUGCGAAGCUAGGAAACAUAUCUCAUUUGGGAAUCACAACAUGGACCUCCACGACCUCGUCCGCAGUCAGCUGCCGUUGCCCGAAGAGCGCGAAGCAGACUUCCAAGAGCGGUUUGAACAGCACGAGCAGUAUAUCGAGCGAAGGCUGCAGCAGUUGGAAACGACGGUCAACGAUCGCUUGACCAAGGUGGACGAACGGCUCAUGGAGAUGGAGCGUAUGUUGACGCUCCUUGUUUCUACACUGGGGAACAACAACAACAACGCCGGUCAAACGAUACCUACUUCUCUGACAUUUGCUCCAUCUCCAGUAGCACAAAAGAAGACAAGCCAGAUCGACUUAUACCAUAGUAGCUAUCCUUAA